AACGCGCUCCUCUUUGUGCGCGUGUCUGUCUGUCAGACCUUCACCAACACGAGACUGAAGUCAAGACUCUGCAGCUGUCAUGUAAAAUCAGGUUUGCCCAAUCAAACCCAAACCAUGGGAAUCGCCCUCUGUGUUUAACCCGACCCAAAGAGAGAAAUGUAAUCCCCAAAAAUGACCACUGAGCCUCUUGAAGAAUAAGGAAUAGAAGAGGAGAUGAAUGGAGCAGCCGCCCACUCAGCGAGACAGAGCGUGAGUGAAGGUCGAUCUUAUUGUUCUCCCCCCCGUGGCAAACAUUGUGACUAAUAACAAAGUGAGGCAAGAUGAGUGGCAGUAUCUGGGCUGCGUUGCUCUUUCUGUGCAUGUGCUUGGAGCUCGGGGAAAGUAGUGCUCGUCUGAGAACAUGGAAAAGCGAGGAGCAUUCGCAAACUGCAAGGGAAUACAGUCAGGUAGAAAGUCUAGACGUGGAGGAAAGGCAAAGCGAGAUGUCGCUUGCCAACAAAGCAGGAACGCCAAGCUUGAGAUUAGCACAUAAAAAUGAGGAUAAUUUGCCAAAAAGCAACAAAGACGGCGCUAUUGACUCUGUAUUAGGAUUGCAUCACACACAAAUUGAAGAAAGUGCAAAAACUGGAUUUAAAAUCACAUUGACUCCUGUUUUGAUGUCUGAUGCAAGUGUGAACACAGAUUCUACUCCACAUAUUCUGAAUCAAUUUGAUCCCAAUUCCAAAGAGAUCCCAGAAAUCCCUAAGACAACAGUAUCAACUCUUGAUCAGAACUCCAAAAGAUCUCAAGAUCGCUUCGUUCCCGCUGCAGUAGCGGAAACUGAAACUGAUCCCGGUGAAAUAGGACCUGGCAGAUCUGACGCCAGCGUGAUCCUCCUGAAGCCUCCUUCUGGGUUAAAAAACAGCACACAGGAAGUACAGACUAUAAUGAUUGGCAGCCAAGAUGCAGAGAGCAGUGGUGAUUUCCACAGGACCUUUCCUGGACCAAAUCUGGAUGAGAUGCCCUCACAAUCCCGGAGCCGGAGAAGCUGGAUAUGGAACCAGUUUUUUGUGAUAGAGGAAUAUAGUGGACCGGAACCGGUGCUGAUUGGACGGCUUCAUUCGAGUGUGGACAGGGGUGAUGGUCGCACGAAAUACAUUUUAAAAGGUGAAGGGGCCGGCUCGGUGUUCGUCAUUGACAGCAGGACGGGGAAUAUCCACGUCACCAAACCCCUAGACCGCGAGGAGAAGGACCAAUACCGCCUUAUCGCCACGGCAACAGACCGACAGACCGGCCGAGCCCUGGAGCCAUCCUCCCAGUUCAUCAUCCGCGUGCAAGACAUCAACGACAACCCACCUGUGUUCCAGGGCGAUCUGUACAGCGCCACCGUGCCUGAGAUGGCCAACAUCGGGACAUCGGUUAUUCAAGUGACAGCCACAGAUGCUGAUGACCCAACGUAUGGGAGCAGUGCCAAACUGGUGUAUUCAGUGAUUCAAGGCCAGCAAUACUUCACUGUGGACCCGCAGUCAGGUAUAGUUCGCACGGCAGUCCCAGAUAUGGACCGAGAAACUCAGGCGCAGUACCAUGUGGUGCUUCAGGCGAGAGACAUGGGCGGCCAUCAGGGGGGUCUGACAGGGACCACCACUCUCACUGUGCACCUCAGUGACGUCAAUGACAACCCACCGCGCUUCACUCAAAGUAUGUGGUCGUUUUCGGUGUCUGAGUUGGCCGUCGCCGGGGUGGAGAUCGGUCGUCUCUCGGCAACAGAUGCAGACCUGGGUGAAAAUGCACGGGUGGACUUUACGAUCGUGGACGGCGAGGCAGGGGACACUUUCAACAUAACUGGAUUGAACCAAGAGGCAGUGAUCUUGUUAAACAAGGCCGUGGACUAUGAGAGGCGAAGCACCUACUCUUUCACUGUGGAGGUGCAGAACCCAAACGUGGACUCGCGGUUCCUCCGACGAGGUCCGUUUAAGGACCGUGCUAUGGUGCGCAUCACGGUUCUGAACGCAGAUGAGCCGCCGCGGUUCUCCCGCUCUCGGUACCGGCUCGAUGUGUCGGAAAACUGUCCUCCGGCGUGUGUGGUGGGGAGAGUGGCCGCCGUGGACCCGGAUACAGGCCUCAGUAACAACAUCAAGUACUCAAUUGAUCCCGAGUCAGACCCCGAGGCGCUGUUCCGGAUCGCCUCUGACAAUGGUCUCAUCACCACGGCCGUGGAAUUAGAUCGGGAACAGGAGCAAUGGCAUAACAUUACCGUCAUCGCCACACAGAGAGACAGCCCCAACCAAGUUACCAGGGUAGCGGUUGCCAUAGAGACACUGGACAUCAAUGACAACGCCCCCGAGCUGGACCGACAAUACAACACUGCCGUGUGUGACUCCAGCGCUGCUGGACAGGUGGUGCAGGUGAUUCGAGCCAUAGACAAAGACCAAAGCAGCUCCAACUCUCCCAUCCACUUCAGUAUUCCCGCAGAAUCCAGCAGUGCCCUCAACUUCUCCGUUAGAGAGCGAGGAGACCACACAGCGAGUCUGGUGCUUUUGUCGUCCCUGAAGGCUUUUCCUCGCUCUUCCUCUUUACCAACUCUAAAAAUACCCAUAAUGCUCCAUGACGGUGCGUCAGACCUCAGGAGCACAGGAACGAUUACCGUUACGGUGUGUCCGUGCCAAAACGGGGGCAUGUGGGCAGAGGAACAGAAACAACAAACGGAUGAGAAGGAUAAACCAUCGUUGCCGGACUGGGAGAGGCAAGCGGUGUGUUCGCCUGUCCCGUCGAACUCCUAUUUGCUGGGAAUCAGCUCGGCCGCCAUGUUGGCGAUCCUGGCCUGUGCGUCAACUUUUCUGGUGGUGGCUGCUCUUUCGCUAUCGUUGCGAAGGCAGAAGCGGGACACUCAGUCUCCUGUGGAAGAUGAUGAGAUCAGGGAGAACAUCAUCACGUAUGAUGACGAGGGAGGCGGGGAGGCGGACACGGCCGCGUUCGAUAUCGCGACCCUGAAGAGCGCCCCCCAGAGCAUGCGCAGGGCACAACGCCUUCGAGAUAACAACAAUAUGUAUUCUCAGGAUAACCUGGACAGCGUCAGAACCUUCAGCUGGAGUCAGAGUUUGGGUUUGGACCCACGGCGUCCCGUCUCUGCACCCCUCUACGGACGUUACUGUUACACCAUCCAGACCCUUCCGGCUCCGAGAAACAGACUCGGCCUCGACCUCGACAAACAGCCGUACGUUCUCCCCGCCAGCCAGGGCCAGUCCUGCGGCCCUUUAGAAUCCGCUUCUGUGUUUAUCGACAAAAUCAGGAAGGGAUCAGAAGGUAAAGGAGCGGACGGAUCCACCGACAGCAUUCCGAAAGAGAGCGAGACAGGAAGUGAGGUCAUCUCUGAGAGCCACACACUCAGCCAGGAUCAGUCUGUUCAUUCAGACCAGGUUCUGUUCGUGAAGGGCUCCAGUUCCUACUCGGAGACGUCCAGCUCUUCAGUGGGCCAGAAACCGGAGUCGUCCCCUCACUGCUUGACCACGCGAGCCUCCAUUUCCACCAUCACCACGGACGACUCCGCCGCCGCCUCGGCUUUGGACAAGAACGGAGACGUUACUCCCAGCCAGAGCACAGCCAGCCUCGUCGCGACGGAGAUGCCCUUCAGGACGAUGGAAGGUACUCUUCUGAGGGUCGGCGGAGGGGUUCCUGUGACCGGGACCACGCUUCUCUACCCAGAAGCUGUCGGCCUAAUGGGCUUGUACGGGGUGGGCGGGCAGAACUAUGUGCCACACCUAGUGAUGCCCCUCCCUGGAGGGGCGGGGCUGUAUGAAAGGGGGUGGGGCUUGGGGAAUGGGAAGGUUGGACAAGCGAACUCGGAAAAGGCAAGCGGCGAUUCGUUGACUAACAGAAUGGGCGACUUCCUGCAACAUCGGCUUGCCGUGGUGACCUUUGACCCCAUGCAGCCGCCAUACGACUCGCUGCAGACGUACGGAUUGGAGGGGGGCGGCUCCCAGGCGACGUCUCUCAGCUCGCUCGAAAGCGAGGCCGAAAAAGAUGCAGAGGGACAGAAAGACAGAUUCGAGGAAUGGGGACCCAAGUUUGACAAGCUGUUUGAUAUUUUCAGGGAACGAGCGAAGGAAAAAGAGGAUGACGGAAAGCACGAGGGUGAUUUGUUAAACGAUGAACACCAGGAAGAGGAAAUGAACAAGACAGAGAGUGAGACGGACACGAGAAAAGAGGACGAAACGACCGAAUCGAACGAGACGCGGCGGGUCGAGGAGGAAAACAUUGAAGAAAUGGAACAAAUGCAGAACAGAAAGAGACACUAAAUGGGAAAUGGGAACAAAGAGAGAGGAUGUGAUGUCACAUCGUGAGCGUUCAAAAGCAAUAAGUGCUGAAAGGAGCCAAUGAGCACAAUCUGGACAAAGAGAAUUUUAUAUGGACCUGCCAAAAACUAGUACGUCAGUGUUUUAGAGGAGCAGUCGGUCUUAUGUAAGUCACGCUUGGUUUUUACACUCACAGUUUUUGUUUUUCAGGCUUAAAUCUCCGAUUUUUAAUGUGGUCUCAGACUUUUAUACCCAGCAUUAACCAGUGUUUUUGUGAAAAAGACAACAGACACGGCGCUCUUACUAUCUGCUCACUUAGUCUGUAUCUCUGAUCAAAUUAUCUCUGUUAUUUUAGUCUAUUGUUUAUAUGUUGUUGUAUUAUUUAUAAAUAUUUUGAAUUAGCUCGUAUCUUAAUUUUUUUCUAGCUUAAGUUUGAAAUUGUAAUUUUUUAUAUUUCUAUAUGGUUUUAAUUUAUUUCAGAUUUACUUUGUAAUUACUUGAGCUUAAAUCAACUAAAUAUAUUUCAGUUAUUUGCCUGAAUAAGUAACCUUUCUAAGUUUGGUUAAAACAUUGUUUAGUAAUAGCAACACUGAAUUACGCCUAGAAUCUUGUUUCUCUCCCUAAUGAGAGCACUUUGAAGCUUUUUCUCCCCUUUUCUUCACUUCUGAUAACUAUUGAAAUCCUUGCUGAGGGGUAAGUGAAGAAACGAAAUGCUGAAAAACAUUCGUCAAUGUUUUAAAAAUUCCAUAAAUGACAGGAAUGUUUCAGUUAUUAGAACCUGCAUUUAAAAAAGAAAAAGGUUCUAUAUAGAACCUUUAAGGGUUCCGUCAUGUGCUUCAUAUUCUGAACGUUUAAUGAUUUUUUUUAUUUUUUAUUUAUGAGUAAAUUAAAGCCUGUGGUCAAUUUUGACGUUUUGUUCUACAAUGUAUAUUACACGCAUACCAAAAACAAGAAUUUUGAAGGAGUUAUGAUUCAUUUUGUUAUGUUUAUGAAGGACUUAUGUUUCAACUAGGCAGCUUGGUGUGCGGUGAGCAAAAAGUCAAAGUAUUAUCAAGUUACUGUAUGUUUACCACAGGCUCUAUUUAACUCAUGUAUAAAAAAACAACAACAUUAUAAAACCCCACUGGCAAAUCUCGAGGGAACCAUGGCGAAUUGAUCGUCCGUAUUUUGGCAUUAUCCCUGCAUCACAUAAUUGUGAUGUCCUUUUCGGCAUACAGUAAAUGGUCCUUUAAAAAUUGAGCAAAGAACCUUAAAGUUCUAAACAGAACCCAAAUUAACUUUUUUUUCUAAUAGUGUGUAAUAAAUUGCAA